ACAUUAUUUGCAGCUUGUUAAAAUAAUAAUAAUUAAGCCGAUCGAGUGAGAGUGGUAACGAUGAGCAACAAGAAAGCAGCACAAGUGGUGUUGGUGCCUUCUCCAGGCCAAGGUCAUCUGCUCUCCACCCUGCAGUUCGCCAAGCUUCUGGUGAACCACGACCACCGUCUCACCGUCAAUAUCAUGCUUUUCAAGUCCCCUGUUGACUCCAAAACCACAUCUACAGCAACAAACUCCCUCCACUCUGAGUCCCACCGCAUAAACGUCAUUAACCUGCCCGACUACACUCCCAAGCCGCCCUCAUCAGACUCCGAGAGAGCCUCCUCCAUGGACGCUCUCAUCGAUUUCAUGAAGCCCCACGUCAGAGAAGCCGUCACCAAGCUCACUGGCUCCCCCUCCGCCCCACCACUGGCCGCCUUCGUCCUCGACAUGUUCUUCACCUCAAUGAUUGAGAUUGCCAAGGACUUCCGUGUCCCUGCCCUCGUGUUCUUUACCUCUGGAGCAACCUUCUUUGGCAUGACCCUUCACAUGCACACGCUCCGUGUCCGGGACAAUCUGGUAGCCUACGAGUGGGAGGACUCCGAUUCGGAGUUGACCAUCCCCACUUUCGCAAACCCAUUCCCGUGGAGAAAUAUGCCCACUUUCCUCACGCGAAAGCAAUGGGACCCGAUUUUCAUGUCGUAUGCCAGCGGCCUCAAAGAAGCUGAUGCUACUUCCUCCGUAGUGUUUCUCUGCUUCGGGAGCAGAGGUUGGUUCCAUCAGGAGCAGGUCAGGGAGAUCGCGCGGGCUCUCGAGGACAGUGGAGCCCGCUUCCUCUGGUCCCUGCGCAAACCCCCACCUGAGGACUCUUUCAUGGGCGCGCCAUCUGAUUACUCUCUCCCUGAGCUCACAGAGCUUCUGCCUCAUGGGUUCCUGGACCGGACGGCAGAAGUGGGAAGAGUCAUUGGAUGGGCCCCUCAGGCCCAAAUUCUGGCUCACAAAGCCACGGGUGGGUUUGUUUCUCAUUGCGGCUGGAAUUCUACGCUGGAGAGCAUAUAUUAUGGUGUGCCCAUUGCGGCAUGGCCGCUCUAUGCGGAACAGCAAUCCAAUGCAUUUCAGUUGGUGCGUGAGCUGAAGCUGGGUGUGGAAAUUUCGUUGGAAUUCAAGCAUGAGUUGAUGUUUGGGACUACCCGGGUGUUAAGUGCGGAGAAGAUCGAGAAAGGAAUAAGGAAUUUGUUAACAGAUGCGGAGGUGAGGAAAAGAAUGAAGGAGAUGAGUGAAAAGUCUAGGAGUACUAUGAAAGAGGGUGGAUGUUCAUACUCUCAUUUGGGGCGUUUGAUUGAUUAUUUAAUGGAUAAAGUUAGUGUAUGAAUCAAAACUGCUCUUGUAAGUUGUAACCAUCAUAUCCAGAUGGAAUUCACAAUGCAAUCAUACGCCGUCUCAGCUCUUUCAUUUUGUUAUACACACCUCAUUCUAAGUUAACAAAGCCAUUUUGGUUUA